GUCCGAGUGUGUUUAUUGCACGUUAUUAAGGUUCACUCAAAGUUCAGACUUUCUCGCGGGAGUGUUUGCUCGCUAUAUAAAUUGACAGGCAGUGCUGACAAGGCAGAGGAGAGAAUUAGAGCGGCCAUGAGAUGUGAAUGUGUGCAGUGUUUAUAGUGUCAGUGAGUUUACCUUGCGGAAUUAGUAAGCUGUUGAGUUUAAGAACAAGUAACCAGUGAUUUGUGGAAAGAAUGUCACUAAAACCUAAACGUGUGGAUUUUAAUCAGACCUGGCAUGAACUACAAGAGACUGUCAAAGGAGUAAUAACAUUAGCAAAUAUCCCACGUGCUAUAUGGAAUGAUAGAUUUAGUGAUGUUUAUUCUUUGUGCGUCGCGUAUCCCGAACCACUGGCAGAUCGUUUAUACGACGAGACAAAAAGGUUUCUAGUUAACCACGUAGACCAUUUAUUGGUAGAAGUAGAUUCAUACAACGACAAUUCGGAUCUACUUACGGCGUAUCAUCGGGCCUGGACAGAGUAUUCGCAGGGCAUUUAUUACUUACAUAGCUUGUACUUAUACCUCAAUCAACAGCACAUUAAGAAACAAAAGCUUUCGGAGGCGGAACUCAUCUAUGGCGCGAGUUCGAAUAGGGACGAAGAGUGUCAAGAGCAGAUGGAGAUUGGUGAGCUAGGUUUGGACAUUUGGAAGAAAAAAAUGAUAAUACCACUUAGAGAAAAGCUCGUCUCACUUCUACUUGUAUGUAUCGACGCCGAUAGAGAUUCGAAAUUGCUUGCCCCGACCGACGUUAUUUGUGGUGUUAUACAGAGCUUUGUUCGGGUGGAGGAAUACAAGAUGAAGGGACAAUUAAAUUUGUAUCAAGAAGCCUUUGAGGAACCUUUCUUGAAAGCUAGCAAAGAAUUUUACAUGGCAGAAGCCACGUCGCUGCUGCAACAAUUGGAUGUUACACGUUACAUGGAGAAAGUAACGUGGAGACUCAAUCAAGAGGAAGCACGUGCACAUAAGUUCCUUCACAAGAGCUCUGUACCAAAGGUGAGAGCGUGUUGUGAAGAGAAAAUGGUAGAUGCACAAGCCGAUUGGCUCCAUGCGGAAGCAGAAAACAUGAUAAAAAAUGAGAGUAAACGAGAUCUAGCUCUUCUUUAUCCACUGCUGAGGCCUUUACCAGGAGGUUUAGAUCCACUAGUACAAAAACUUACUCGACACAUCACGCAACAAGGAUUACAGGCAAUCGGACCUUUACAAGGAGAAAAUGUAUACACGCAAUUUGUGGAGAGCAUGUUAAAUGUACAUUCUAAAUAUUCGGAACUGAUUAGAGACGUGUUCAAAGGAGAUCAGAGUUUUGUAGGGGCUCUUGAUAAAGCUUGUUCUGCCAUCGUAAACUACAGGCCCGCUCCAAAGCAGCCAGUCCGAGCACCAGAAUUGCUGGCGAAAUAUUGCGACUCUCUGUUGAAAAAGUCACCCAAAGCAGCGUCCGAGAGUGAAAUCGAAGACAAAUUGAGACGCUCCAUAACUGUGUUCAAGUAUGUGGAUGACAAAGAUGUAUUUCAAAAAUUCUACUCGCGUAUGUUAGCAAAACGAUUAAUACAUCAGCAGUCACAAUCGAUGGACGCCGAGGAGAUGAUGAUCGACGAUUUGAAACGUGCUUGCGGUUACGAGUUCACGAACAAGCUUCAUCGCAUGUUUACGGACAUGUCUGUCUCGGCGGAUCUCAACGCGAAAUUUACGGCGACUUUACGGGAAGGCGAUGGAGAGAAUCAAUUGGGCACGGGUUUCGGAGUUAAAGUGUUACAAGCCGGCGCUUGGCCGCUCGCCCUGCCGCCAUCGCCUGGGCCAUUUCACGUUCCGCAGCAAUUGGAAAAGUCCAUACAGGCUUUCGAAACGUUCUAUCACAUGCAGUUUAGUGGUCGAAAGCUCACGUGGUUGCACCAUUUAAGCCAGGGCGAGCUCAAGUUUAAUUACUUGAAAAAAUCGUAUCUGGUCACCGUGCAGACAUAUCAAAUGGCGUUACUACUGCUUUUCGAGCACUGCGACGCGAUACCGUGCAGAGAGGCGGCAGCGUCAUUACGUCUGUCGCACGAUCAAUUGGUCAAGCACGCCGCCAGUCUCGUAGAUUGCAAGAUCCUUAAUAAAUCCACGGAGGAAUCCAGUGAACUGGAGGAGGACACCGUCCUUACGCUCAAUUUCGACUACUCUAACAAGAGGACUAAAUUUCGCGUAACUGGUGUAUUGCAACGAGAUGCGCCGCAGGACGCGGAAGCAACGCAUCGUAGCGUGGACGAGGAUAGAAAAAUGUUCUUGCAAGCAGCCAUAGUUCGCAUCAUGAAGAGCCGUAAACUGUUGAGACACAAUCAACUUAUACAAGAGGUACUCAGUCAAUCGAAAGUUACUUUUGCACCUUCUAUUGGGAUGAUUAAGAAGUGCAUUGAAACUCUGAUAGAUAAACAAUAUAUCGAACGUACUGCAAAUAGCGCGGAUGAGUACUCGUAUAUCGCGUAACCUUUUAACGUUUGUCACUAAUUUAUUUCACAUGAGAUGCAUCUCAAAUGUUGUGCUGAGAGCUAUUAAGACCUCUGAUCGGCAAAGCCAAUUAUUGGAAUUAGGUUCAACAAUCAUGGUGAAAUUCGAUCAUUCUUCGAGAUAAUUUCAAAGACUAAAAUGCUUUGUCAGCAACAAUUAAAAGAGGAAGUGGCUUUCGAUGGUAUUUGAAAGAUUGGGAGGAGCAUCGUAGACAGCUUAUUUGCAACUAGGAUCGAUCGAUUAAUGAAUACCUUAAUUAAUUUACUGACUUGUAAUAUAUGCACACACUGAAUAAAGAUGAAGUUACUAUUUUA